CGCCACCAUGAUUCUGUAAAGAGCCAUGGCAUAGCACCGGAAACAUACUUGUUCAUUGAUAACAUGGCGGCAGCAACUAUACCAAAAACUUCCUGGGCAGAUGACGUUGACGAGCUUGAUCAACCAAAGAUUGAGGAUUAUGUGGAUGAAAAUGGAAUCCGUAUCACCAUCGAGUAUGCUAUAAAUGAUGAAGGAAAGAAGGUCAAGGUAUGUCUGUCCAGCGGUCUGCGUGUUAUGCCUCAUCUGUACCAUCUGCCAUGUCGGCAUCUUUUUCAUUCCAUUAUACUGAUAAAUUUCUACAAGAUAACUCGUAAAAUAAAACGUACGCUUCAAAAAUCCGUCGUCGAGCACACAGUUGCUGAACGCAAGAAAUGGGCCAAGUUCGGCAAGGAACGAGGAAACAAGGAAGGGCCAGAUCGAGCGACGACCACAGUAGGAGAGAAUGUGGCUUUGAAAAUAAGUGCAGGCAACAAGUCCGCUGAGCCGGAGGUAACGCCCGAGCAAAAUAUCAAAACUGAACUUGCAAAGGCCGGUGCAGGCAAGGUUGUCUGUCGUCUUUGCAAAGGCGAUCACUUCACCGCGAAGUGCCCGUAUAAGGAUUCUCUCGCCGGACUCGAAACUGCUGACCUGCCACCUACUGAUGACGCGGCCGACAUACCUGCUCCUGCAGCCAGCGGAGCGACUGGCGGAAAAUAUGUACCACCAUCGAUGCGUGGUGGUGCUUCUCGUCCCGGUGAAUCCAUGGGACGCACAGGGGGCUCUCGCGAAGACCUCCCCACACUUCGUGUCACUAAUAUCUCUGAAGACACACAAGAAUCCGAUCUUCGUGAGCUUUUUGGUACGUUCGGGCGUGUAGCGAGGGUUUACGUCGGCCGUGACCGAGAGACGGGUAUCGGCAAAGGCUUUGCAUUUGUGUCCUUUGAUGAGCGCGCUAUUGCCCAGCGGGCCAUGGAAAAACUAAACGGCAAAGGUUAUGAUAAUUUGAUUUUGAGCGUACAAUGGUCACAACCAAGACCGGACGGUCGCUGAGCGUGCGCUCCAACGAGAGUCGAGGCGACGGAGAUGCAUAUGUAACAAUAUAUGUCGACAACAAUAAGGCUCUGCAUUUUAAUCGACUCGUUUCGAAAUCAUCAUUAACACUGGCUUUUUGGAGGCCGAAAUGAUGAAGAGCGAGAGGUGUUUGAAUGGGAUUUUCGCUCAGUUUGUGCCUCAAAACUCAAGGCUUCGCGGUCGUUUUGGCUUGAAAAAUGCAUACACAGCGAAUGUGAAUACAAUGAGUAUCGAUGGGGAGGUCCGCUGCUGGCCUCGCCUUGCCACAAUGCAUGCAGAAAGCUUGAUUCUGACAACGAACGAAAAGAUAACAUAAUUUUCGCCAAUCUGUGAUU